AUGAAUAAUCUGAUAGGCCUCACCCACACCCUCACCUUCAUCCUCACCCACACCCUCACCUUCAUCCUCACCCAUACCCACACCCUCACCUUCAUCCUCACCCACACCCUCACCCUCACCCACACCCUCACCUUCAUCCUCACCCACACCCUCACCUUCAUCCUCACCCACACCCUCACCCUCACCCACACCCUCACCUUCAUCCUCACCCACACCCUCACCCAAACCCACACCCUCACCUUCAUCCUCACCCACACCCUCACCUUCAUCCACACCCUCACCUUCACUCACACCCUCAUCCUCACUCACACCCUCACCCACACCCACACCUUCACUCACACCCUCACCCUCAUCCUCACCCACACCUGGGCGGCACGCUUACUUACUACCUUCAUCCUCACCCACACCUUCAUCCUCACCCACACCCUCACCUUCACUCACACCCUCACCCUCAUCCUCACCCACACCUUCAUCCUCACCCGCACCCUCACCCUCACCUUCAUCCUCACCCUCACCUUCAUCCUCACUCACACCCUCACCCACACCCUCACCUUCAUCCUCACCCACACCCUCACCCACACCCUCACCUUCAUCCUCACCCACACCCUCACCUUCAUCCUCACUCACACCCUCACCCUCACCUUCAUCCUCACCCACACCCUCACCUUCAUCCUCACCCUCACCUUCAUCCUCACUCACACCCUCACCUUCAUCCUCACUCACACCCUCACCUUCAUCCUCACCCACACCCUCACCUUCAUCCUCACCCACACCCUCACCCACACCCUCACCUUCAUCCUCACCCACACCCUCACCUUCAUCCUCACCCAAACCCUCACCUUCAUCCUCACCCACACCCUCACCUUCAUCCUCACCCUCACCUUCAUCCUCACUCACACCCUCACCUUCAUCCUCACUCACACCCGCACCCUCACCUUCAUCCUCACCCUCACCCUCACCUUCAUCCUCACCCACACCCUCACCUUCAUCCUCACCCACACCCUCACCUUCAUCCUCACCCUCACCCUUCAUCCUCACUCACACCCUCACCUUCAUCCUCACUCACACCCUCACCUUCAUCCUCACCCACACCCUCACCCACACCCUCACCUUCAUCCUCACCCACACCCUCACCUUCAUCCUCACACACACCCUCACCUUCAUCCUCACCCUCAUCUUCACCCUCACCCACUCCCACACCCUCACCUUCAUCCUCAUCUUCAUCCUCACCCCUCACCCACACUCGCACCUUCACCCUAA